GGUCAUGACCGAACCAGUUGGGUUCUCCAACCACCGUCAUCACAAUGGCUUCUCCAACCACCGCCGGGAAAGCAUUCACAGCCUUCUACCACGGCUGGCUUCUCAAUCAAGAACCAAUCUUUCAUCAGCUUGAGUCCUCCUCCUCCUCUGUUUCCGCCGCCGUCAAUGAUGAGCAUUGCAGUGCUUUGGUGGCAGCGGUUAUGGAUCACUACCAAGAAUACUACACGGAGAAGAAGAAAGCAGCUGAAGAGGAUGUUUUCGUGUUCUUCUCUUCCCCCUGGCUUAGCUCCUUCGAGCAAUCUUUCCUCUGGCUCUCGGGGUUGAAGCCGUCGACUCUGUUCUCGGCCGUCGACGGCGGAAUGCUGUCGGAGGAGCAGUCUUGUAAAAUGGAAAUGCUGAGGACGGAGACUGUGAAAGUGGAGGGGGUCAUCUGUAACGCCAUGGCGUCGGUUCAGGAGACCGUGGCGGCGGCGCCCGUAGUGGGGCUGCUGAAGACAGAGGCGGCGGGGACGGUUAUAAACGGGGGGAAUUGCAGCGCCGCCUUGGAGAGUCUGAAGCUGUCGGUGGGGAGAGUGAUGGGGAGCGCCGACGACGUUCUCGCCUCGACGGCAUUGAAAAUCCUGGAAAUUCUUGAGCCCAAACAAGCCGUCAAGUUCCUGACGGCCGUGAUGAAGUUUCAACGCGAGGUCAGGCGGUGGGGUCUGUACAAGGAUUCGCAGCGUGUGUGAAGUUUCCUAACGGCCGUUAGCUUACUAUACAAUUUGUUGUAUUCCGUCAGUGGGCUCUCUCCCCUUUUCUUUUAAUACGUACGAUUGUACGAAGUAGUAUAGUACGGAGUAUAUACGCAAUGUUGCGGCAAUAAUAAUAUCCCAAUUCCCAAAUGUUACAGAAAUAGAACGUUUAAAAUGAAAAAUAAUGUCGGUCCG